GACACGGUGGCGAACCUGAAAACCUUCGCGUCUCGUCCCUGCCGCCGCGUGCACUCCGAAAAUUAUCAUCACGGUCAAAUGGUAUAUUCGCGACAGUCGGCGCUCCGCGUUGGAGGCAUGUACGCGUGUUCACGAUUCGAAAAGUGCAUCGCGUCUGCAGGUCUUCCGGCGGCGGUGGUACCGUUUAUGGCAUUUGCCCAGCAUUAAUAAUAAUAAUAAUAACAUUAUACAAUCGUAUCGACCGAUAGACGAGGUACGCAUCACGAAACAGUGCACGCCGUAGACCGUAGCGAGUACAAUAGCAACUGUGCUGCAAGAACACUUUUUUCAUAACAAUAAUACCGAAUACCACGACGAUUACCGACUCGGGCUGUGCCGGUUGUGACUUGUCGUAGUGGUAACGGUGGUGUAGGUGGUGGUGGUGGUGGUGGAAAGGUGAGAAACCCGAUACCGAGAAGAUCUUUUAUGAUGUUUGGUACCUGCUUCGAGUGGUAAAAGGACGACGUCGCGAUACACACUGGAGAGGAUAGUACAUGGGCGGGGAGGACGUGUUGUAUUCCUGUGGUGUGCACCUACCUAUAUACAGUGACCGUGCGGAGAGCAAAGAUUAGUCAUCAUCAAGGUCUUUGUGCGCGCGGUUCGGCUACGCACGUCGACGCCUCGACGGCAAUACCGGUUUUCUGUGCUCGUGAAGGUGUCCAAGUGUAUAUUAGUGCGUUCUUAUGUAUUAUUAUUGUUACUAUGUGAACGUGUUGGCUGACUACAAUAUCAUUAUCAUUGGUGGACCUAUAUUACACGACAGGUAGAAAUUCGCGUACACCUGCAGCUACCGAUAGUGCAGAAGAAGGUGCGCAAAAUAUUACAUUAUAGUUCUCGAUCCGUCGCGGCGUCGCGUACAGGUUUAGACAUCAUCCGCCACCGCGUGUCUGUGCAAUCCAGCAGAUCUUCGCCGUUUCGUUUUCUAAAUAAUAAAUAUAUUAUAUAUGUUUAACUCCGCGAGUGUUUCGUGCUUAGCGAGUUCUUCGACUGCAAGUCUUUUGCCCAGGAAAUCCGUUGUGCAGCGUAGGUAGGAUCACUAGGAUCACUUUAUAAUAAUAUCAUACAUACAUAGCUGCAGUGCGAGUGACAGCGAUGGAUACCGUGCGGGCCGGAAGUGCCCCAAAUUUAACCGCCCACAUAGAAAUGGACCGAUUCGGCGGGAUAUCAAAAGCCGGUGAAAAACUCACUCAAAGUAUGUUGUGCAUUCAAGAAGAACUCGGAAACUUAAAAGAUAAGGAACCAGUCAAAGAUAAUGCUGUCGGGAUCAAUAAAAUUGAAUCUGAUGUCUUAAAACCCAGUGGCUGGUUUGAUGGAUUGUUGGGAUGCUUAAAACCAAUGUUGGGAAUCAUGGGAAAAGGAAACGGCCAUGAUCUUAAAUCUUAUCAAGAUAACUGGGAUAUUCCAUUUGAAUCGAUUAGUGAUUUGCAAUGGUUAGGUUCAGGAGCCCAAGGUGCUGUAUUUAGUGGAAAAUUAAAAAAUGAAAUUGUAGCGGUGAAGAAAGUGCGCGAACAAAAAGAAACUGACAUCAGACAUUUGAGAAAACUGAAUCAUCCCAACAUAGUGCAAUUCAGGGGGGUAUGUACUCAAGCUCCAUGUUAUUGCAUAGUGAUGGAAUAUUGUCCAUAUGGACCGCUUUAUAAUUUACUUAGAGAUGGUGAAGAAAUACCACCCAUACGAUUAGUAUCCUGGGCUAAGCAAAUUGCAUCUGGCAUGCAUUAUUUACAUGUGAACAAAAUAAUUCAUAGAGAUCUAAAAAGCCCCAAUGUCUUGAUUGGUCGUCAAGAAAUGGUAAAAAUCAGUGAUUUUGGAACAAGCCGAGAGUGGAAUGAGAUAAGUACUAAAAUGAGUUUUGCUGGAACUGUUGCCUGGAUGGCUCCUGAAAUCAUUAGAAAUGAACCCUGUUCAGAAAAAGUGGAUAUUUGGUCAUUUGGCGUGGUUUUGUGGGAACUUAUGACUUGCGAAACACCAUACAAAGAUGUAGACUCAUCAGCUAUUAUAUGGGGUGUAGGAAGUAAUUCUUUGCACUUACCAAUACCUUCAUCAUGUCCAGAUGGUUUUAGAUUGUUAAUUAAACAAUGUUGGGCAGCUAAACCACGUAAUAGACCAUCUUUUAAACACAUAAUGAUGCAUCUAGACAUUGCCAGUUCUCAAGUGCUAGCGAGCACACCAGAUGAAUACUUUAAAACACAGGCUCAAUGGAAGAAAGAAAUACAAAUACACAUGUUACAAAUGCAGACAAAUGGAAGUCAUAUUCCCAAAUUUGAAGAAGAUCUUAUUAAAAAAAGAAAAAAUGAAUUAAAACACGCACAAGACAUUAGAGAACAUUAUGAGAGAAAAUUGGAACGUGCCAAUAAUCUGUACAUGGAACUAAGUGCUGUGUUAUUACAAUUAGAACAACGAGAAAAUGAUUUAAUUAGAAGAGAAAAACAAAUGUCUAAAGUAUACAAAAAACGACUCAUAAGACCUUUGUUAAAAGCUCAAGAUAAAUUGAACAAACAGAAUAAAUCUGAUUCAACUACCACAUCACCAUCAUCGCCAGAAAGACUUUGUGAAAAAAUUGACCCCUUAACCAAAGCUACACUUUAUGCUCAAGUCAGAAGCAAUUCAAAUAACCCAGAAUCAAUUGCUGUUACACCAAAACAAAAUCUACGAAAAACAAGACCGAGGAAAGCUCAAAUCAUAUGCUCAAUUGUAAAAAAUAGAAAGUAUGAUACUCCAAAAGAAACAAACUGGAAAAACUGUCAUCAGAUAAAUAGCAAUAAAGUCAACAGUGAAACACAGACUGAAAAUAUUGAUUCAGGACUUCAACAAGAUAUUCUCAAUGGUAACAUGUCAGAUUCUGCUCAUUCACAGGGUGAAGAAAGUUCUUGUAGCAGUGGUGUGAGACUGAGUGACGAUGAACAUUUAGAUAGACUGGGCAGACAAGUAAAUGAAAUAAUUAACAAUAACAGACCUUCUAAUAUGACUGAUUUAUCAGAUUACUAUCAGGAUAAUGAACCUAUUUCUUGUAACUUCAAUCUAAGGAGAAAAAGUGCUGGUAGGCGUCCAAUUGGACCUGGUUUACGAGUACGUCGUUAUAGGAUGACACAAUAUUGUCAAGAGCCAAAUGGAAAUUCUUUUUCAUUAAGUUCUUCAGCAGAAAAACACGAUUUCUUAGAGGCGGAAAGUUCAACAUCUGACUCUGACAUGAAAGACAUUGAUCUAGAUUCAAAUUUUUAUAAAGUAUCUAAUCAGUUUCCAGUUUAAUACCGUGUAUAAAACCAUAAAAUUGUGCUAUGUCUACAAUUUUUAAUCUAAUUAUUUAAUCAUGAUUAAACAUAAUAUACCAGUCCAAACAUUACAUUUUUCAUAACAAUGUCAAAUUUAAUCUCAAUGCUAUCACAUCUAAAUCUUACAAUUUUUUUAAAAUUUUUUUUUUUUUAAAUAACUUGCUUAUCUUAAUUUAACA